ACGUUGCAUCUAUUACAACGCAUGAUCCGUGAUGUCCACCCGAGCCUAAUUUGCAUAUGUAUCUACCCGGGUAUCUUACGUGUAUUGGGCGUCAAUAGCGAUAGAUCGACUAUACGCAUUGUCUUCAUGGGAGCAUUGUGUGCGCUUUACCCAAACUGUAAUUACUGAUCGACCCUGUGAGGGACUGUGUGAAUUUAUUUAGGGUAGGAUGUUGUUUGGGAAAUUACCGGAAGAUUUUUUUAAGUUCUUGAACAUGUAAAAGUCCAGAUAUCCUAGGAGAUCGAUACAGUAUUAUAGAUUAUCGUUAUUUUACACGAGAUAUUGAAGUGAGAUUCCGGAGUAGGAGCGGCAGUGAUUUGGAAUUGUAUACAACUUUAAGCGGUCCGCAAUUAUAUAUCAAGAGGGCCAUAGAAGGUGGUUUCCUGUGGUCUCGGCGUUAUUGACUUCAAUUUAUCGGAUAUAAGGUAUUCAUUACAAACGAGGGGCUAUGGAUAACGAGAAUACAACGACUGAAAAGGGAAAUCCAUCCAAACCAGCGACAGAGAAUGAUAGUUCAGCAGCGGAAAACGUGGAUACAAUUGCAAAGGAAGAUGAUAUAAACAGUCUGAAAGAAAAUGGAAGUGACGAUGAAGAUGAAUUCAUGGAUGACGAUGAGUCUACAAAACGUUCAGUUAAGAAAACACCUGAACCUGUGGCAAGCCCAAUUAUGUUCGAUGAAACUCAAAUGGAUUUUAUGAAUGAGGAGUGGAAAUGGCCAUUGCCCAAAACUGACGAAGAGGAAAACGACGAUGAGGAGGAAGAAGAUGAAGGAAACGACGAUGACAAUGAAGAGCCAUACAUCAAAUUCAGACGUUUUGCACGUGCUGUCAAAAUGCUGAUAAGUGUAUGUCAGGUGUGUCAAAGCUUAUUGAGAAACAACGUGUCCCAGGAGAACUGGUUUGCAUUACUUGACAACCUUAACGCCGCAGCCAUGCAGCAGUCUCAGAAAAAACGCAAAGCGUUCGUGACUCUUGUCCCUGACGAAAACAGACAACUUGUGACACUCACGUUUGAUGCCAAUGACUACAAAAGCAAUGUUCAAUCAGAUGAGCUGCUGACCGAUGACAUAAAAGAGGUGAUGAAACAAAAACCAGGUACCCGGUCUCAACACGACGUAGAAAAGGUAGUACGAUGUAUAAAAGGAAUAUGCAAAUCAUUCCGGGAAUAUCCUCUCUCCAUUCAGAAAGAAAUAGUACAGAAGGCCUUCCUAGACACAUAUAAACACAACAGGGUGAUAUUGAAGAAAGGCCUUCCUUCUGAUGGUAUAUACUUCGUGCUAAGGGGAGCAUUGAUUGAGAAACCAGAAGGACGAAAGGCUCCCAGUGAAAUACGUACAGGCGAAAAAUUCGGGGAAGAAGAUUUGGUGUGUGGCUGCGCUCGCCGGGGUACCGUCAUCACUCGCCACGAGGCCGAGAUUAUAUUCCUACACCGCUUUGAUUAUAUGGACAUAUUCAACAUGUCUGCAGAUUCGAAUGAUCCAAAGAAUCUGGAAAUAUGCAAGAAGAGUGUUGUACUCAGCCAUUUCCCGAUGCAGAAAUUGGAGGAAAACCCCGGGACGUGGAGCGUGAGGAGAUAUAAGUACGGUCGCCUAAUGGUCAAAGACAGCAAUGAGAUUGAGUGGAUAUUUGUUAUCAAAUCGGGCGAGGCUCGAGUUCUCAGCCACCUUAAACCGGGCGUAAUUAACGUCCGGAAACGUCGCAAAGAGAUCCAAGCCGCCAUGGAAGAAGAAUCGCCGUACCACCGCAAAACCAAGAUCCUGAAUUUCAUCGCCCAGAAGGACCACCUGAAAUCAUCCUAUGAUCCGGCCUUGUACACGCCUGGUCCUCGGAGAACUUUGAUGUCUGCCCCACCUGUAUAUGGUCAUAGGGAAUGCAUGAAGGAGUUGGCCUACCGAGACUUCCCAGCCACACCUCGACCAAACAACUACCCGACUAUGGCCGCCUUCCUCAACGCCAAGUCACAGGACUCCAUGCAUCUAAAACAAACUAGCAAUGCAACGACAAAGCUGCCGCGGAUAACGUUGAAAACGCCAGGCAACUCCGAAGGUCCCCUGGAAAGUAACCGACGGGAAAUGGACGAAGUGAUAGAAGACGAUGAACAGACUACGAAAGACGAUGAAAGCGUAUCCAGAAUGGACAACAACGAGACCCCUGUAGUGCUAGAGGAGAUCAAAGACAUCAGUGGAAAAACUAACUUUUAUCAAAAAACAGGGAAAGACGGCCCAUUGCCCCGACCGAAGUCUGAGGGUGCAAACAAAGAGAAUAGGUUAAGAUUAGCCAGAAAACAGUUUGGAAACGCACCCUUCAUCAAACCGCGUCGUACGCGGGUAGAUUCAGCCCACGAAAGAACUACAGAGCUUCCUCCGUUCGUUCAAGUGGAAACUCUUCAUCAAGGACAGACAUUUGGGCUGAGGUCGUGUUUAGAUAUGAGCGACAGGGGACCAUCCGUGAGCCUGGUAAGUGGUGACUGCGAAGUCCUUGCCAUCAACAAGAAGUUCUUCCUGAAACAUUGUGAUGACGCCAUGUUUAGUCUCAUCCGCUUAAAAGCUAAACCGUUUCCCACACAACAGGAGCUCAUAGACAGACUUGAUAUCACAAUGCGCUGGGACGAAUACAAAAAGGAGACGGUCAGGGACUUUAUCAACUUCAAAAUAUCUAGAUCAGAGAAAAGAUAAUGUUUGAAGAGGCUUGAGUUUUGAAACUUUUGGACCGGACAUACACUGCUUGCUAUAGCUGUUGUUUUUUGCAGUGUUUGUUGUUCAUCCGUCAUAUUGAAUGCGAAUUAAAUCCAUGACGAUGUUGUGAUAGUCAGUGAUAUAUUCGUCUUCAAAAUUUCAUAUCACACCAGUGGUGCACCAUCUCGCCUGGAUUUCCCCAAAGCGGGAUUGAAUGUGUGGUAUGAGAUGUAUUAGUGCUUGUUCUGUAGAGCCUUUAGUGUUUCCACCAUAAGGUAUUAGCAUUACCCAAUUACGUCAUGACUACAACUUGGAUUAUCUUAUCAUUAAGUGCAAAUGACGAGGAGUCAGCGACAGAUAUGCUGGAUUAUUCUAUCAAUGUUUUACAAAACCAACCUGUGUGUGAU